AUGCUCUCACUCAGAGAGCAGCCGUCCUCCUGUGGACUCACCACCUGCAGAGGGUUUGGGAGGAGACUUUCUUUCCUGGUGUGUAACCUCCUCAGUCUGAUCUCCAGUGCGGCCAUCGCUCUGACCCCUCAGUUCCUGAUUGUCCUCCUGCUGAGGGUCAUUCUGGGGCUGGGGACUAAAGGCAGCUGGAUGACCGGCUACAUCCUGUUGACGGAGAUGGUGGGUUUGGAGCAGAGGCGCCUGGUGGGCAUCCUGUACCAGAUGGUGAUCAGCUUGGGCAUUGUUGCUAUGGUGAUGCUUGCCUACUUCCUCCCAGACUGGCGCUGGAUUCAGGCCGUCUGCGCGGCUCCGUACGCCCUCUUCCUCUUCUACUACUGGUUUGUCCCUGAAUCUCCACGCUGGCUCCUUUCCCAGAACAGAAUAUCUGAAGCUCUGGAGAUCACAGAAAAAAUUGCCAAAGAGAAUAAACAGGAGCUUUCUGAGAAGACCACAAAGUCUUUCGAGGCGCUCACAGAGGAACCUGGAGACUCUCCUUCUGCAUCGCUCCUGGAUCUGUUCAGAACUCCCAACAUGAGGAAGCACACUUUCAUCUUUAUGUUCAACUGGUUCUGCAGUGCGCUGGUGUACCAGGGCCUGAUCAUGAGGGUGGGCAUCACAGAGGGGAACGUGUACAUCGACUUCCUGAUCUCGGGUCUGGUGGAGUUCCCCGCCGCCUUCCUCAUCCUCUUCACCAUCGAAAGGAUCGGUCGACGUCUUCCCUUUGCCACGGCCAACUUUGUGGCGGGAGCGUCUUGUUUCAUUGCGGCUUGUAUUCCGGAAAGUAUGUACACUUUAAAAACAGCAGUGGUCUGUUUGGGGCGCCUCGGUAUCACUAUGGCCUUUGAAAUCGUGGUCUUUGUCAACUCUGAGCUCUACCCCACAUUUGUGAGAAACCUGGGCGUGUCCGUCUGCUCCUCUCUCUGUGACGUGGGCGGGAUCUUGUCUCCGUUCAUCCUCUACAGACUGGCGGCGGUGUGGGUGGAACUGCCGCUCAUCAUCUUUGGAGCCAUAGCGGUGGUGGCGGGGGCGCUGGUCCUGCUUCUACCUGAGACUAGAGGCGUUCCUUUACCAGAAACUAUUGAUGACAUAGAAUUCCCCAAUAAAAAACAGAACCCUGAAAUGGAAAAACUAAACCACAAUGCAGCAAACUCGGAUGUGGUUGUUUGA